AGCUUAUUUGAAUGCUAGAAGGCAUUUCUUGGAUAAAAAAUAAACUGUGGUGAGGAAAAUCCAUUUUCGAAAACAAAAUGGUGGGCACAGAGGACAAGUUCAACAAGGAGAUGCGACUGUUCGCAAACGAUGCGCUCGUGAAAAUGACAACGGGCGCGCUGAUUGGCGCACUAGGCUGUCUGCUGUUUGUGCGUCGGCGCAGAUGGCCGAUUCUGCUGGGCGCAACCUAUGGGCUGGCGCACGCCGCCAAGAACUGUGAAAGCGCCAUCAGCGAACUGGUCUGCGACCAGAAGGAGGCCGAGCAGAGGAGAGCGGCUGAAGAAGCUGCGGCGAAAAAGGCGGAAGAAGAACAGGCUAAGGGAAAGAAGAAGUAGGAUGAAAGGAGAGGAGAUAGAGUGAGAAUUGGGUGAGGAAAAGAUCAAGAAAGGAGGGGAGAAGAAAGAAUUAGUAGUGUGAAAGGAUAGGAGGGAAUGGAGGAAGAGGUGGGAGAAAGAUCAAGAGAGAGGAAGAUGAAGAAGUUGGGUAAAAGGAGAGAGUGAGAGAAAGAAUGAGGCGGAAGAAGAGUUCAGAAGAGGUGUGACAAGAAGUAGUAGUGUGAAAGGAGAGAGAGAGAGUGAGUGAUAGGAAGGAUGUGGUGAAGAAGCAGUGGGAGAGACAUAGGGAAGAAGAAGUAGGUGAAAGGAUAGAGACAAGGGAGAAGAGGAUAGUAGGGUAAAAGUAGUGAGAGAAAGGAUGGGGCGCUGGAAGAGAUCAGAAGAGGGUGGGAAAAAGAAGAAGGAGUGUGGAAGAAUGAGAGGAAAUGAAGUGAAGAAGAAGCAGUGGGAGAGGCAAGGAAGAAGAAUGAAAACGAAAAAAGGAUGCGACAAGAAAAUGUCAGAGGAAAAGAAGCAGAUGAAGAGGCUAAGGGGUACAAGUGAGGAAGGGGAAGAGGCAAGGAGGUGGCAGGGGCGAAAAGUAGAGUGAAAGAAAAGGGAGGAGAGACGAGGAAGAAAUAGGAAGAGGCGUGGGGAAGAAGUAGUGUGAAAGGAACGAAAGAAAGGAGGGGAGGAUGGAAGAGGAGGCGUGGAGAAGUAGUGUAAAAGGAAAGGAAGGAAGGAUGGGGUGGGGUAGAAAUAGAGCGAGAGAAAAGAAGAGAAAGGAAUGAUAAAGGGAGAAAAGGUAGGGAGAGUCAGAGGAGAAGAAGAAGAAGAAGAAGAAGAAGAAGAAGAAGAAGUAAGAAAGCAAAGAAACAAAAUAGCAAGAGUCUUGAGUGAAGGAGGAAUAUAAUUAUCGGAAUUCGAAAGAGACCAACUAGAAGUAGUGUGGAAUGGUGGAAGAAAAUUAACGAUGAAAUGGAAAAGAAAAUGUAGUGUGAGAGAAAAGAAGCAAAGUUUAAUCAGACGGGGAAGAAGCUUUCCAAAAACUCAUAAGAGCUAUAUAACUUGUAUAAAAGAUGUGUGAUGUUCAAUAAACUUUCUACAAAAAUCUAGAGUUACUACUAGCAAUAAAAUAAAAAAGUAAUAUAAACAAAUGGUUGAGGAAAGACCAUUCUAUAAUUUGAAAAAUUACAUGGACUAUGAUAUUAAUAAUUUAGUUACCCGUGAUAAAAUGUUGUGUUUUAUGUGAUCUAUUAUUACAAUCAUAUAUGCUGA